AUGCACGAAAUACUAGGCUGGGCAAUAGGAGACCCCAAUGAUGGUAUCUUGACUUCUAAGCCCGCCUAUGGCCGGCUGGAACUUGAUUUCGGAAACAAGGCUGGUCUGAGAAUGAUCUACGCCGAUACAACCUGGCAGGAUGCUUUCAAUCCGAACGUCGUCAAGGCCUUCGAGAAAACCUUGGCUGACUCUCACGCCGCUGGAAUAAACAUCCGAGCUGUUCUCAUCAUCAAUCCCAACAAUCCGAUCGGACGCUGUUAUCCCAAGCAAACGCUUAUCUCGAUCAUGAGGUUCUGUCAGAGGCAUCAACUUCAUUUGAUCAGCGACGAAAUUUAUGGGUCAUCAGUGUUCAGCGACGAGUUUCCCCCUUUCACCUCGGUCCUCUCGAUCGAGCCGGGAGUCAUUAGUGACCAACUGCUACACGUGACGUAUGGCUUCAGCAAAGACUUUGGGGCGGCUGGGUUGCGUCUCGGCUGCGUCGUGACGCGAAAUAUUUCAAUUCUCAAAGUCGUCCAGAUGACGACCCGCUUUCAUAAUCCAUCAGGUGCUUCACUGGCCAUCGCCAACGCCAUGUUGGAGGAUCGAGACUGGUGCAACACAUUCCUGGCGACCUCUCGACGCAAGAUAGGCGAGGCCUACGCAUUCGUCACCGCAGAGCUGCUCGACUUGGGUAUCGACUUUGUGCCCGCUAAUGCUGGCUUCUUCGUCUAUAUUAAUCUGUCUCCGUACCUGAUGCAAGGUGCAGCGGAUGCCGAGUUUGACCUCUCCCAGCGUCUUUUGGAUGGGGGCGUCUUCUUACAUCCAAAAGAGGAGCACGGAGAAAUGGGCUGGUACCGAAUGGUCUAUACUCAGGAGCCAAGGAUUGUGGCGGAGGGAUUACGGCGGUAA